AUGAGAGAAUAAAUAUUAAAUUUUGUAUUUAGUAAAGGAUUUGUAAGAAGAAGAAAUUUAUGGUAUGUUGCAUUUAUCACUCCAUUUAUUUUAUUUUUAACUGAAAUUGAAUCAUAAAAAGUAGAAUUAAUAGCUUAAUUGGCUUGGAGAAAAAGAUUUGCUUAUUCUUAAUUUAAUUCAACAUAAUUAGAUUGUUCUAAAGAAGAAUUUUCAAUUAUUGACCAUAAAAUUAAAAUGAAUAAUCCAAAAUGA